AUGAGAAGAGGAAAUCAGUCUGAAGUCACUAUGUUUAUUCUUGAAGGACUGACAGAUGAGCCAGAGCUUCAGAUGCCCCUCUUCUUCAUGUUCUUGGGCAUCUAUUCAGUCACUGUGAUGGGGAACCUGGGCAUGAUCAUACUGAUUAGAUUUAGUUCUCAACUCCAUACCCCCAUGUACUAUUUGCUCAGCAGUUUGUCUGUUUUAGACCUCUGUUAUUCCUCUGUCAUUACCCCCCAAAUGCUAAUGGGAUUUUUAUUCAAAGAUAAAACUAUCUCCUAUCCUAGGUGCAUGACUCAAUUCUUUUUCUUCUGUAUUUUUGUCAUUUCUGAGUGCUACAUGCUGGCAGCCAUGGCUUAUGAUCGCUAUGUUGCCAUUUGUAAGCCCUUACUUUACCACAUCCUCAUGUCCCCUCGAGUCUGCUCCUUGCUGGUGAUGUCUGUGUUCUCUGUGGGCUUCACAGAUGCAAUGAUACACACAGGUUGUAUACUGAGGUUGUCAUUCUGUGGGCCAAAUGUAAUCAGUCAUUACUUCUGUGACAUUGUCGCCCUCAUCAAACUCUCUUGCUCCAGCACUUACCUAGAUGAGCUCUUGCUUUCUGUCAUUAGUGGAUUCAACACUGUAGUAACCAGCUUGACAAUCAUAAUUUCUUAUGCUUUUAUCCUCUCCAGUAUCCUCCGCAUCAACUCCAAAGAGGGCAGGUCAAAAGCCUUCAGUACCUGUAGUUCCCAUCUCAUGGCAGUCACUGUGUUUUACGGAUCCGUCAUGUCCAUGUAUCUCAAACCUUCUUCCAGUAAGAACCUGGCCCAGGGAAAGGUGUCCUCAGUGUUUUAUACUACAGUGAUUCCCAUGCUGAACCCCUUGAUCUACAGCCUGAGAAAUAAGGAUGUGAAGACUGCAUUGAAGAAACUCACAGAAAGGAAAAUAUUCUCGUAG